GAGGUCUGAUCUCUGUUUCUUUGACUCCAGUAAGUGGAAGGCAGGGUGAGUUGUGUGGGUGUGCGAGAGGCUCAGUAUACUCUUGAGGGGCUGGGCGAGGAACUCUGGCAGCCUUCGACCACCUUAUCAGCCGCAGCUCUGCCUGGAGCACUUAAACGUUCCUCUCAGCGCUAGCCUGCUAGGAUGCGGCUCCUUGGGAAACUCCGCUCCUCCGCCCCAGAGCCCCUCUUCUCCAACGUGCUCACCCCGGACCGCAUCCCGGAGUUUUGCAUCCCGCCGAGACUCCCGGGGCACAGCCCGCCGGAAUCCCUGCCCUCAGCUGUCACCGUGACCCGCGAACCGGACCUGUGGCCCUGCACAGCCGACGAGGGCGCGGGCCAUACGGACUGGGACCCACGCUCGCAGGCUGCGCUUUCCUUGCUGCAUCUGCCCCGCGCCCGCACCGCCUAUGGCUUCUGUGCACUGCUCGAGAGCCCGCACAUCCGCCGCAAAGAGUCGCUUUUCCUUGGGAGACAUCGCACCGCUGCUGUUCGCCCCCGGGCUCACACCUACAGCGGUGAUGAUAGCGGCUUAGGAGGAGGAGAAGGUGUAGAGGACGCCACUGUGGUGCCCCUCCGCACCCCCCGAGUCUCCAGCGCGGCCCUUGCCUCCUUUCCCGACGGCUGCCGCCCGCCCCGAGAUGCCCUUCCACCAAGGCUCUGUGGCCGCCGCUUCCUCGGCGCCCCCGAAGGACUGCUGAGCCGAGCGCUGCGGGCCCGGAAGAACCCUGGCCCAGCCCGCGCCCGCUCCGUUUCCAGUGGGGAUGAAGAUGAGGAACGCGACCCUGAUGCUGGACCCCCAGUUCCGGCCCUAGCAUCUGUAUCACCACUCCCAGGCUCACAGCCCCAGUGCCUGGAGGCUGAGGGUACCGUGACUCUGGGACGCGCUGGCUGCGCCCUGCGCCUGGCCGCUAAGUACAGUCCAGGCAGUGGGCACCUCCGCAUCCGGCUGCUCCCAGCAGAGGGCCAGGCCGGGGGCAUCUCUGAGCCCCGCACCAUCAACUGCCGCAUCAGCCUGGUCCUGCAUUCUCCGGACUCCACACGCAAACAGCGCAGGGCCGUGCUUGGCCAGAGUCGCAAGGCCGGCCUGGACCAGGACUUCUGCUUCGAUGGCCUCACGGAGGAGCAGGUGCGCCGCCUGGCCGUGCGCAUCAAGGCUGAGAACAAAGGCCGCGGGCUGGAGCGGGGCCGCAGGCUGGGCCAGGGUGAGCUGCUGCUGGGCUCCUUGCUGCUCCUCUGA